AUGGAUGAACAAGAAGAGCCAACUGUAGGUGAAAAUCCUGAUGUUUCUUCAGAUGGAGUUUUCCACCGCCUGCGGAACUCGAAAAAAUUCAUAACAUUCGGUGUUCUGUUCUGUGUGAACCUGUUGAACUAUAUGGACAGAUUCACUAUAGCAGGAGUUUUACCUAGUUUGAAAGCGUACUUUGAUAUGAAUGAUCAACAAGCCGGAAUCUUACAGACUGUUUUUAUAGUGUUUUAUAUGGUUUGCGCUCCUGUGUGUGGUUAUUUAGGAGACAGAACUAAUCGCUUGCACAUCUUAUUCGUUGGAUAUCUUAUUUGGAUAUGUGCAGUCAUGCUCUCCACCUUUGUGGGCCAAAAUAAUUUGUUUCUUUUUAUGUUGCUCAGAGGAAUUGUAGGAGUAGGCGAAUCCUCUUACUCAACUGUUGCUCCUUCUAUCAUAGCAGAUAUGUUCACAGAUAGAGCACGAAGCAUAUCGCUUAUGAUUUUCUACUUCGCUAUACCUGUUGGCAGUGGAUUGGGGUACAUUGGAGGGUCAUCGAUAUCUUUUCUUUUUGGUGGAUGGCAAGCAGGAGUUCGGUUCACUGCUUGUAUAGCUGUUGUCUUGAUCAUCCCUCUUAUUUAUUUUGUUGAAAUACCAGAAAGAGGAGCAGCAGAACACGCUGAUCAACUAGAUGCACAUGAUGGAGGGCUUCUGUCCGAUAUUCGAUAUCUUCUUACAAUAAAAACUUACAUCUUUUCUACAAUUGGAUUCACUUGUGUCAUAUUUGCUGUGGGAUCUUUGAGUUGGUGGACACCAACGUUGAUGGGAUAUGCUUAUGGACGUAAUGGAGCUAUGAGCCCUGGAGAUUAUGCUGAGAUUUCUUUGAUAUUCGGGGGAAUCACUUGUGCCGCUGGAAUUUUCGGAGUACUCAUAGGGUCAUCAUGGGCUCAAGCUUGGCGAGAAGGAAAAUGGGGAUUACAAAAAAAGGAAAAUGCCGAUGCAUAUGUGUGUGCAGUGGGCUCUAUGCUGACUGUUCCUUUACUUUUCUUUUGUCUUGUGUUUGCCAAAUAUAAUAUAGUUACCUCUUGGGUUCUAAUGUUUUUGUCAGUUACUUGUAUGUGCUUAAAUUGGUCUGUGAAUAUGGACAUGCUCAUGUACGUUACUGUGGCUAACCGUAGAGCUACAGCUACUGCUAUACAAACGUUGUUUUCCCAUUUAUUAGGAGAUGCUUCAUCACCUUAUGUAGUCGGAUUGAUUUCUGAUUCGAUUAAAGGCGAUCGAACCGAUUUGGACAUGCAGUUCUUUGCUCUUCAAACCGCCUUGUUUGUCCCUAUUUUCCUUCUUGUUUGUAGUGGAGGUUUCUACCUUUUCUCCGGACUGUAUGUAUCUAAAGAUCAUAGAGAAGCAAAAUUCAUGAUGACAGGUGUUUGGGGAGAGCAGGAAGACGAUAUGGAAACCUUGAUUAGUCACAGUGAUAAUGAAGAUAAUACCUGA